GGUCUUCACAAGAAUAUUGGUUUUAUACUUCAGAAUGCGCACAAUUAGCAUCGGACACAUUCAACGUACCAGUUGUAAUAUUCGGUGCAGACUCUAAUGCUAGUCUUUUGUUUUUACCAUUUGGGCAAAAACCUGGUCUUCGUAGAAAGCCCGUUGUUUUACAAUGGCAUGAAAGUAAUCACAUUGUGUUAAUCAAAUUCAAGCCAAAUAAGUCUGCGGAAGUUCCAUCUUUAAACCCACAGUAUAUUUCUAUUUGUAAUCGUCUAGGUUUUUCUACAGAUUGGCUUACUCUUUUUACAUAG